AUGACCCACAAGUAUUCAGUUGAAGCUUUUGAUAGAAUGAUGAAAGAUCUAUAUAAUAACACCAUGCUUUUCGGUGGUGUUUUACUGCUGCUGUCCAGUGAUUUUAGACAGACAUUGCCGGUCAUUCCACGUGCUACAUAUGCGGAUGAAAUUAACGCGUGUAUAAAACAAUCAUAUCUAUGGCGAAAUGUUAGUACAUUACGUCUUAACAAAAAUAUAUGUGUUCAACUGCAAAACGAUCCAUUAGCACUAUCAUUCUCCGAGCAAUUGCUCAACAUUGGAAAUGGAACAAUACCAUUGCAUGCAGACACACAAGGCAUCAAAUUACCAGACAAUUUCUACAACAUGGUAGAUACAAAGGAUGCUUUGAUUGAAAGCAUGCGUGGCUUCGUAAUCGAACUAUUUUAG